AACCCCAAUUCAGCCCCCCAACACUGCGUCUUAGCCCUCCCCGUUUACCCUCUUAUUCCUCCUUGCACCUCGCACUUUGCACUGUCUUCCGUUACGACCAGAAAGCUCCAUGAUGACACCAUCCAGCAACACGAGCCACCCUCCUACCCAGGAAGCCCCACUCCAACAAUUAUCCCUUUUGGAUAUCUUCUUCCCCGGGGCUUCCCUCGCUUCAAGUACCAUCCAACAGAUUCUAGCUGGAGAUCUGGGCAGCUAUGCUCACUUGAUGUACCUUUUUGGGUUGCUUGGCUUGUUAAGCCCUUAUAUCUACAAGUUGAAGGCCUUUUUGGAAGGCUCAUUCACAUCCACCGUGUACGUGCAGAGCACGGACGAAACGUAUAACAUGGUUCUGGAGUGGAUCUCCUCUCGAGGUCUUGACGGCGCCGCUCGGUCCUCUAUUGUUCGAGUCAAGAAGCAAAAUGGCCGGGAGGAUCCUAUAGGCAAGGCCAAGAAAGCGCUCAGCUUCUCGCCCUGGCAUGGCAGCUUCAUCUUCCGUCACAGGAACAGCUUCCUUUCAUAUCGGACCUCGCUGGCAGAUGUCGGCUUUCGCAAGGAGGAAGAACUUUCCAUUACGUGUCUUGGCCGGUCUCCCAAGACAGUGAAGGACUUCUUGAACGAAUGUAAAGACGAAUACCUCCGCCUCAACAGGAACAAGACGACGGUUUUUAGAAACCGUCGCGAUUGCUGGGAGCGCGUGGCGGUGGUAGAAGCCCGGCCACUGUCGACCGUCAUCCUUGCAGACACGCAAAAGCAAUCGCUCAUCAAAGACGUUGGGGAAUUCUUCGAUAAACGAACUCGACGAUGGUACUCUACGAGAUCCGUGCCUUAUCGCAAAGGCAUACUCUUCUAUGGUCCUCCAGGGACCGGAAAGACCAGCUUGAGCUUGUCCGUGGCUGGUCGCUUUGGUCUGGACAUCUACACCGCCAGCGUAUCAACUGUCAACGAUCAAAUGCUCCACGAUCUGUUCACCAAGCUCCCUCCACAGUGUAUCGUCUUGCUAGAAGAUAUUGACGCAGCCACUGCGACACAUUGUCGUGGAGCUGGUAGUGCGAAUGCCAGUAAACCUGCGGAUAAGGAGUCGGUGACGCUAUCGGGACUCCUCAAUGCUUUCGACGGUGUUGCUUCCCAAGAGGGUCGACUCCUCAUCAUGACAACGAACCACAUCAGGAAAUUAGAUGAUGCCCUUAUUCGACCAGGGCGUAUCGACAGGAAGGUUGAGUUCCAACUUGUCGACAGGGAUUUGGCCACUCAGGUAUACCGACUCGUGUUUGAGGAGCCAGCCGACGUUGUUUCGACCGGAAAAAGCCAGGCCAAAGAUCAACUAAGGGUUGAACAACUUUCGAUCGAGUUUGCUGCUAAAAUACCGGACCACGAGUUCAGCCCGGCCGAGGUCUUGUCCUUCCUCAUACCGUACAGGGACUCUCCCAGUUGCGCUCUAGAGAAUGUGGAAGAGUGGGCGGCGCAUACAUUGAAAGAAAAGAGGAGCAAGGAAGCUGGUCCUUGUGAAGACGGCAUGUCCAACAGGGAUAGAACAUCCGCCAACCAUGGAAAAUAUCUCCUUUCGUUUUUGAAAUUUUGGGGUUAAAACUAGGUUCUUACCAUGUGUAGCACAUGAAAGAAGUCAAUAGCCUGGAGGUCCAGGCAACAGAUAGUCAAUUAACUUAUUUCACACUCUCAGUCAAGCUCAUGAUGACGAGUUUGGCAUGAUUUGAUGGAGCUUGGAGUCAGCACCAUCGCGAUAGGUCCUCUUCGAUGCCGCGGAGAACGCCGACGGCCCACGACGUGGUUUCGCCGUGUAUGAAUGAGCUCGACAGGGUCGGUGAGUCUUUCGUACCAUCACCCCCAGCUGCCGGGCUAUGUCUCCCUUCUGCUACUGGCAUGGUUGGCCACAGCUCAUUGAGAGUUCGUCUCGUGAUGUAGUCCAUGCGGAUCUAAAGUUGGAAUUCGGGAGCCUCGUGCGCAUCGUAGACGCAGGGACCGGAACUCUAGCUCCUCUGAGCGCGUCUGCCUCUCCAAGGCGCUGGACCGUCUUAUCUAAG